AUGGCCGGCGGCGGCGUGAAGGGCUUCUACCGGCAGAAGAAGAAAGGCGGCGUCGCCAAGAAACCAAUAUCCAGAAAGAAAUUACCGCCACAGAACUGCUCCGAAUCCCAAGAUUGCGGUGAUCAUGAUCUUGGCGACGAGGUGGAGGAGCAGCUGCAGCAGUUCGACAUGGACAUGACGUACGGCCCGUGCAUCGGCAUGACGCGCCUCCGACGGUGGGAGCGCGCCGCCGCCAUGGGCCUGCGACCGCCGCCCCGUCUCCGGGACCUACUCCUGCCACCUCCGGCGCCUCAUCCUCUGCCAUCGUCUUCUUCGUCUCCGGCCAAGAUUCUCACCGGCAGCAGCGGCGGCGGCGGUAGCACCUCCGUGCAGGGCGAGUGCCUCUGGGAAGGCAAAGUGAGCUAG